UGUCAAAAUUACAGUGAAAAUGUAAAACGUAAACACUCACCAACAUCCCAAUUUUCAGCAAUUAACACCAACAACACCAUCAAAAUGCAGUUGAUUCACGACCACCCGACAUUAGCUGUGAGGAGUCAGAAGGAUUCAGAUUUAGAAGUGAAGGAGCGCAGGUCGAAUGCUUCGCUGAUGCACCCUGUGGCCAGUGGGGAUAAUGUGACCACGGGGCUGCCCUCGGCGCACAGACUCAAGGAGGAGCUGCCGCCUUUAGUGCCGUGCUGCGAGGGAAAAGAACUGCAGAUAAACGAGGACCUGGUGCGCAGCGGAUUGUCAGCCAUCUCCGUCAAGCAUGAGAAUGUCAUUCACUGCCUCAGCUCUUCGGAGGCCUGUGAGAGGAUCCAGCUGAUGCCGGGGAUCGUGAAGCACCGCAACUCAUACCGCUGCCUGCACCGGCCGGACUUGAAGCGGGUGCCGUAUAUCGGCCGGAUGACGCCGGACGAGCUGGAGUCACUCUUCAGGGGCCACGCGGACUUCCCGGCCUGGUCGCAGAGGAACGAUAACCAAGACAAAACGCCAAGAAUAACGUUACCGCCUGACGAAAAUAUUCUCAACCGAGACCUAAGGACAAAAGAACCCAUGGCUGAUGAUAACGGGUUAGUACUUCACCCGAUCCCCGAGAUCAGAUCGGGCGCCGAAGAUGUCCCGGACGGCAUGCGACUGCACGGCGCCCGUGCGCGACUGUACACGUCAGUCCAGGCGGUUAAAGCGGGGGAUCAUCGCGAAAGUUGCGAUUCAGUAACCGAAGCACUAGACAGCGGCAUAACUGAAGAUGUGGCGGAGGACGAGGUCCAAAUCAAGGGGGAGCUUCAGAUCAUACUCCCACCAAGGCCAGAAGAUGACAACGCCGACUUGUCGACAUCGACUACUGCAAGCAAUGUCACCUCUAGUACUAAUAGUUGAACUUAAAAUAAUAAGCUAUUAAGAAACAGUAAACUAAGGAUGAAUAAUGAUAAGCCGAAAAAUAUUAAAAUAUUAAAUAUAAAUAAUGUGGGAUUUGAGAAACCUAUACUUUGUGAAGCGAUCAAAGAAACAAGCAUUAGUUAUAUAAAGUACCGUAAAACAUAGUGAUUAGGCGACGAAGACUAAAUUAUAAAGUAUACAAAUAUGGGAAUGUCGAAAACCGUUGGGGAAGGAUUUGUCAAACGACAACAUAAUAAGAAGGGAAAGUGUUAAAAGCAUCAGUGUUAAUUAACAACAACUCGAGAAACUUUGGGAAACGAUUUGAGAAACAACCCAAAAUAUAUUACCUAAGUCGAGAAAGAUAACGUGAAGAUGCGAAAAUACUGAACAACAAACUUAGUGGCAAAAAUUACGAAAUUCAGAGUUAUUUUGUACGCAUUGUUGCGUGAAAAUUGUGAAAAAGACUGGUAUCUUAUAACGAGAACAUAACAGAAGAGAAAGAACAACACUCAGGAUCUGAACCAAAGAAAUUAAGGAAGGUAAAUUCUACUUACAUUCGACGUGGCGAAAUAAAGAAAAAUCUACAAUUGUAAGACGUAAGCGUGUGCUCCUUUUGAAAGUUCGAAAUUGAGACGCUAAGAUUAUGGCAAACAAAAUAGCCAAAUAUAACGUGUUAAAGGUCCUCAAACGCUACAAUAUAGGGGCCAAGAUACGUUUGGGAUUGCUUAAGAUAGGCCAAACUUUGAGGAGCGUGGCUGUAGUAGCUGCCAUGUACGUUGGAUGGAUUCUGUUUGAUCUGAUUACUAUAUGAAUAGAAGACA